AUGAAGUACAUUCUUACUGUAACUGUGCUUUCUUGUCUCGUCAUCAACAACACCGAAGCCAAUGUAGCAGCUACAAUAAGUUUGAAAUCAGAGGUGGCUGCUGCUGUAACCUCUGUUGUCGAAGCAACUGGCACAUCCACUAUUAUUCAAGAUUCAGUUGACAGUUUAUCCAGCGUUGGCUAUGCUAUCAAAGUCCCGGACGCUGAUGGUGGUGAUGACGAUGGUGAUGAAAACUCUCCUGGGCCUCCUGCCAUUCCUGAAGAAGACGAGGAGAAAGAAGAAGGUAAAGAGAAGCAAGAUAUUGUGGAAGACGUGGAUGCCAGAGAAAACACUUAUGCCGAAGCCGGCCUUAAGUACAACAAGGAUGUGGAUUUGCCUGUCCUCGCACAAAGAAAGCAGUUAAAAGGUGAAGACUUGCCUGCUGUCCCUCAAGUCGUUGCCUGUAGAACGGAUGGACAAGUUGCUAUUACCUAUAGCGAAGGACCUAGUGAUGCCACUGCUCGUAUCGCUCGUCAGUUGAACAAUGCCCAAGUCAGAGCCAAUUUUUUUGUCAGUACCAAGUGGUUACAAGAGCAACAAUACGCCAUGGUGCUUCAAAACAUUUACAACGCUGGCCACUUGAUCGGCUUGACCUACCGUCUCCCAACAGAAGAUCCUGAGACCAUGAGCGACGAAGAAAUCAGGGAAGACAUCAUUACCAAUGCCAAGAUGGUUGAAUCCCUGAUCCACGUGUCUCCCAAGUAUGUCAGAUUACAUUUCAGUGCUCAAAGCGACGGCCGUACAGAGCACAUUCUUCAAGAGCUUGGCUUUGUUUUGGUGGGCUAUAAUUUGGAUGGCAAAGACUAUGUACACAAGACUCCUGAAUUAAUAGAACAAGAAUACCAACGCACCUUCAAAACUUUCAGGGCAGCACAUCAAGACAAGAAGGGAUCCUUUGUCGCUAUUCAGUACGAUAUUCCAGAGACUGGCAGUAUGGUAGCUGUGCCCAAUAUAGUUCAGUUGUUGCAGAGAGAAGGAUACGAUGCCGUGCGUAUGGAUGGUUGCUUGAAUGAUGAAAAGCCCUACAAGGCAAGCGCCGCUGGCUUAAAGUAUGUUGCAGACAAGUUUUCUUUGGGUUCUGCUGGUUACAGGUCGGGUCAAAAGAUUACUGCCAUCAUCAACAACUCUACAGCAGAAGAAGAGAUUCGCGGUUUGUCAGCUGACGAUGGCUUCUUGAAUGAGAGUGCUGGUGCUUUGGCUGCGGUGCCCAAGACGGUGGGAUUUGCUUUGAUACCUGCUGCUUUUGCUUAUGCUUUGUUUUGCUUGCUUUAG